AUCACUUACCAUUGUCAUUCAGCUGCUGCAUGGUGAAAACACCGCUUUUCUGCUUCCUGACUGAAACACCUUUUCUGACAGUGAUGUCAUCCUCAACCCCACUCCUGUCUAAGGAGUUGUUUCAGUGCUCAGUUUGUCUAGAUGUUUUCACUCAUCCUGUGUCCCUCCCAUGUGGCCAUACAUUUUGCCAGUCCUGUAUCCUUGCACAGUGGACUGCAUCUGGCUCCUCCCACUGCCCCAAAUGCUCCACAGUUUUCCAGGAAACACCAGAGCUCCGCGAAAAUUCUUUUGCCCGUGAGAUGGCCAAGCAAAUCCGCAAGCAGAAAGGUCAGAGGUCGUCAGAGUAUCAUCCAGUUGCAUCGGACAACGUUUUAUGUGACUUGUGCCCGUUAGAGAAAGCGUCCCGUGCUGUAAAAUCAUGCCUGGUGUGUGUGGCAUCAUACUGUGAGGUUCAUGUGACUUCCCACACCUCCAGGUUCACCAAGCACACGCUGGUGCAGCCGCAGCGGAUGGACAAGCGGAUCUGCAGGAUACACGAAAGACCCUUGGAGCUUUACUGCAGAUAUGACCAGUCUGCUGUUUGUGUGUUGUGCAUGAAUACAGAACACAGCACACACCACACAAUACCAGUGGAGAGAGAAUGGGCAGAGAGAAAGACUCAGUUAUUAAAGACACAGUCUGACCUGAAGCGGAUGAUUAUGGAGAGAUGGAGUAAAGUCGAGGAACUCAGGCACUCUAUAAAACUAAAUAAAGUGCUGGUCAUAUAA